AUGGCGGAUGAUGAAAACUCUGAAGCGUCGUCCCAACGCAUCAUAUACCAGUCACAGAUAUUUGACGACAUAGUGGCGGGAGCAGGUCUAGACACAAGUUUUACGGUUUCGGGGGUGGAACACAGGCGGGGUUACUACCUUGCAGAUGGAAUAUACCCAACAUACUCGACAAUCGUUAAAACUAUUCCACACCCGAUAGACGAUAAAAGAAAAAAAUUUGCGAAGUAUCAAGAGGGUGCGAGAAAAGAUAUUGAACGGGCCUUUGGGGUUCUACAAAAAACAUGGCAUAUCAUUGAACAUCCAGCACGUUCGGCUACACCAAAGAGGUUACGAUACAUUAUGUACGCUUGUAUCAUCCUUCAUAACAUGGUCAUUGAAGACGAAGGUAGAGUGAUAUGCGAGUACGACGAAAACGUGUCUACCGGAAAUUCUGUUCCAGUUUGGAACAACAAGAUUUGA